AUGAAAGAGAGCCUUGAGCAUCUAAUGUUGGAGAUUAGCCAAGAACAUUAUGGUGAAGGCAGUCCAGCAUUUCCUUUAUUUUUGGUAUUAAUCUCAAUAGGAGCUACUCUAAUAUCUGCCAUAUUUUAUCAAAAUCAUCAAGGUUUUAGCGAAGUAUUGCGAAAAAAUUUUUCCCGAAAAACGUAUUCAAACCAUCAAUCAAACAUUGAUACGUCAAAUUUUUACAAUUAUUUUACUAUGUUCACAUUGGGAUGUGGCAUAGCUGUUGUCGCAGCUGGAUUAAUUGCCGAAAAAAAUCCGACGUUGGGUUGGUUGGACGUUACUGUUUCAUUACUAGAAUCUAUUUUAAUGUUUUCAAUUGGCAAGCCUGUUGCUACGUCAUUGGGAAAAAUAUUGUUGCAGACAACUCCGGAUACAAUAUCAUUGAACUUGGAAGUUUGUUUAAGAGAGAUUCAACGUGAUCCAUCGAUAUUGGGAAUACGCGCCGUACAUGUAUGGCAAAAUUCACACAACCAACUGGUUGGAACACUAUGUUUACAUGUGAAACCGGAUGCCAAUGAACAAGCGGUGUUAGCGCAUGUGUAUCAACGAUUGGGACCACUCUUGCAUAUAGGAAAUGCUAACGUGAAUGGUGGUAGUGGUUUUGAAAUUGGUGCAGCGGGCGGUAGUGAAUUAACUGUUCAAAUAGUAAAGUGA